UUGUUGAUUUCAGAUUCCUGAAGCACUCAUCAGGCCCUGGACACUCCACCCCGCCCCUCAUCUGAAUCGAAUCAACCUCUCCCCCGAGGGGUCGCAGGACUCUGGUAUUUCAGAAGAUUUGUUGGUGCAGCAAUCCCCGCAGCAGGUGACCGCUCAGCAGCUCUCACCGCAGCUCAAUGUGCAUCAGUCCAACGAACAGCCAAUCCAAGUGCAAGUCCAGAUCCAGGGCACGGCUCAGUCUCAGACACAGCAGGGUGCUCAGACGAUACAGACUCAGUCCCUUCAAUCCCCCAGCCCCUCUCAGCAGUUGACAAACUCCCAGUUACAGGUGGCCCAGAUCCAAGUGCAGCAGAUGCAGCCCUCUGACAUUCAGGACGACCACAUACAGCACCAGCAGAUCCAGGCACAGCUGGUGGCGGGACAGUCUGUGGGCAGUGGCAUUCAGAUACAGACCGCAGGGGCACUUUCUCCGCCUCCUCCGCAGCAAGGUUCUCCGAGAGAAGGAGAGCGACGAUCUAGCACGUCAAGCGUCCUUCAGCCAGUUAAGAAACGUAAAGUGGACAUGCCCAUUACUUUGUCUUACGCAAUUUCAGGGCAGCCCGUCGCCGCUGUCCUUGCCAUCCCCCAAGGACAGCAACAGAGUUACGUGUCUCUAAGGCCAGACUUGCUGACAGUGGACAGCGCCCAUCUUUACGGGGCUACAGGCACUAUUACAAGUCCAACAGGAGAGACUUGGACCAUCCCCGUUUAUUCAACCAACACCCGCAGUGAUUUGCAGCAACAGAACAUAACCCACAUCGCUAUCCCCCAAGAGGCCUACAAUGCCGUCCAUGUAACAGGCUCUCCCACCACAGUGGCCGCUGUAAAGUUAGAGGAUGACAAGGACAAAAUGGCCAAAAAUGCUCACGAGGAAGUGGUUCAGACUCUGGCCAACUCCCUAUUUCCAGCUCAGUUUAUGAAUGGGAAUAUUCACAUUCCAGUGGCAGUACAGGCUGUGGCGGGGGCCUAUCAGAAUACAGCACAAACUGUCCACAUAUGGGACCCUCAGCAGCAGACCACGCUACAUGAACAGGUUCAGCAGCAGCCUCCACAGCAGCACCAACUACAGAGUCAACCUGUACAAGUUACAGAGGUGGAGCCCCCUCCACAGCCUUCCCCAGAGCUCAUGCUACCCAACACCUUGAAGCCAGAAGAAGGACUGGAAGUCUGGAAGAACUGGGCACAGACCAAGAACGCAGAGUUGGAG